AUGACCAUAGUCUCAAAUGAUCCCAGUCGGUGGCCGACAAUCAAUUUCGAUAUUCUUCUCAGCCAUUGGGAAGUUGCUGCCGGCGUCGUGGUGGUAUAUGAUUGGGUCUUGACACUCGGACAAGAGAUUGAACUCAUCUGGAGACAACGCUGGUCUCUCAUGACUGUGCUGUAUUUGAUUAUACGCUAUAUUGGAAUACCGUUUUCUCUUGCCAGUAUUCUGCGUACCAUGCCAUCAGUAUCGCUGACAGAUGCAGUGAGUGUUCUGCAACCAUCUCAUUCCCAUCAAAUCAAUACGCUCAUAUUCGAAGUCUUUGAUUCUAGUGCGAGGGUGUUCACUAAUUGCGAGUUUUUAGGCACUAUCAUGGAGUAUGCAGCAAGUGGGACAAAUGUGGCCUUGACUGCAAUGUUGGGCGUGAUCAUGAUUGCUCGGUUGCAUGCCAUGUAUCAGGGAUCUAGAGGGAUGCUUAUGCUCCUUGUUAUUAUCUUCCUGGCUGUAAACAUCGCCUGCGCAGUAAUCGCGGCAAUAGGACUCAACGAUGCUGUAGCAGAGGAGUCGAUACUCUCUGGCAAAUAUAUGUGCGAUUAUGUAUAUGGAGGGGAUGAGCGGCUUCGUAUUUCGAUCGUUUGGAUGCUCAACACUGUUUGGGAGGUCCUCGCACUGUGUCUUUCACUCUGGGUUGCUGUGAAACACUUCCGUGAGCUACGACGACUCGGCCCAUCGACAGGAUCGACUAUCAAUGACUGUUUCAGAGUGCUGAUACAAUCUCACGUUCUUUAUUUUGCAAGCUUUGUUGGUGUCUCUUGCCUCCAGUUUGCUCAUCUUUCUCCAGAAAUCGAGAAUUUAAACUCUAUUGGAGCUCUGAUACUCUAUGGCGUUCUUGAAAUUUUAUCGGUCGUGCAGAUGUUUGUGCUGGGACCACGCCUCAUCCUGAGCGUUCGAGAAUACCACGCCAAAUUCGUGGCAUACUCUGACGCAGAAACCAGCAUUAAUUUGGUUGUUUUCCAGGAGCAUGUACAUGUAUCGACUAAUAGCACUGUGUAG